AUGCUUCUUCUUGGUCGGCUUUGGGGCACCGCUGCUCUUGCAGUGUUGACAGUUGCUGCUCCUUCUCGUUCUGUUCCUCGAGAUGUGUCGGCUGAUUUGCUUGGCCAAUUGACCCUAUACUCUCAGUGGGCUGGGGCGUCAUACUGCACGAACAAUAACAACUCAACCGGCGAUGCGCUAUCUUGCGAGGAAGGCAACUGUCCAUUAGUGGAAGCCGCGGACACAACCACUCUAUAUGAGUUUGAUAAGAAAAUCAGCUAUGGCGAUGUCGCCGGCUUCCUUGCGGUCGACAAAACAAACAAGCUGCUCGUCGUCUCGUUCCGAGGUAGUCGCACAUUAAGUACCUGGAUCGCGAACAUCGACUUUGGCUUGAACGACGACACUGGUAUAUGCAGCGACUGUAAAGUCCACGGCGGGUUCUGGGACUCCUGGGAGACUGUCGCGGACGAUCUGACAUCCAAGAUCCAAGCCGCACAGACAACCUACCCUGGCUAUACUCUCAUCAUGACAGGCCACAGCUUUGGCGCAGCUAUUGCUACGGUGGGAGGUACUGUGCUUCGAAAUGCAGGAUUCACACCCAAGGUGUAUUCCUACGCCUCACCACGGGUGGGCAAUGAGGCUCUUGCUCAAUAUAUGACGGAUCAAGGCAGUCUCUGGCGAAUCACGCAUACAGCUGACCUGGUGCCUAAGUUGCCACCUGCGUUCGCUGGAUUUAGCCACUCCAGUCCCGAGUACUGGAUUACUAGUGCUGACGAGGCGACAGUGACUUCGUCUGAUAUUGAUGUCAUUGUAGGUGUGGGCUCGAAGGCUGGAAAUGCGGGAACGUCGAAGGCUGAUACUGAGGCACAUAAUUGGUACUUGGGACAUAUUGAUGCAUGCCAAUAG